UCGCAAAGCACCAAGCUCACAGGUCAAUGGGACUCUUCAUACAAUCUUCUUGCCCUUCCUUCAAGGACUGUGGAUAGAGUUAAGCAGGUAAUAUCUAUAACAGCACCAUGGGAGAAGCCGAGCGCAUCAGCUAUGACAAAGCUAUCGAGGAGCUUCGCCUCCAAGAGUACCCUAUGCUUCAAGGCACUACAUACCUUGAUCAUGCCGGAACCACCCUCUACGCUAAAUCUCUCAUCGAUCGCUUCUCCGCCGACAUGAUCUCCAAUCUCUAUGGGAAUCCGCACUCCGCUUCGAACUCGUCGCAAUUGACUACACGACGUGUUGAAGACAUUAGGCUGCGGCUUCUGUCGCUUUUCAAUGCAGACCCCGCUGAGUUUGACGUGGUCUUUGUGGCCAACGCCACCGCCGGGAUUAAGCUAGUUAUGGACGCAUUCCGAGAUCAUGAAGAGGGUUAUUGGUAUGGAUACCAUAGGGAUGCACACACGAGCUUGAUCGGUGUGCGCGAGAGCGCCGCAUCACACCGCUGUUUUGCAUCAGAUGCAGAGGUCAAUAAAUGGAUAGAAGAAGGGGGGCGUGGAGUCAUACGACCGAGUCUUUUUGCCUAUCCAGCGCAAUCCAACAUGAACGGGCGACGUCUACCUCUCAAUUGGUCACGCCGCAUUCGAACAAACAAACAAGGCCCGGUUUACACGCUGUUGGACGCCGCCGCCUUUGUGUCCACCUCGCCGCUUGACCUUAGCGAUUCCGAGAGUGCGCCUGACUUCACCGUGCUGAGCCUGUACAAGAUGUUUGGCUUCCCUGACCUCGGGGCUUUGAUCGUGCGGCAAGCCUCCAGCUCAGUGUUCGAUAAGCGCCGUUACUUUGGGGGAGGAACUGUAGAAAUGGUGGUCUGCUUGACGGAGCAGUGGCACGCGAAGAAGUCCGAUAGCCUUCACGAGAGGCUUGAGGAUGGGACUCUGCCUAUCCACAGCAUUAUGGCUCUAGACACUGCAAUGAGCGUGCAUCAAGAGCUGUACACCUCAUUGGAACAAGUGUCCAGGCACACGGCAUUCCUGGCCGCCAGACUAUUCCAGGAGCUAUCUGAAUUACGACACGGAAAUGGCAGCAGCGUCUGCCAGGUGUACAAAGGCGCAACUUCCGUCUACGGUGAUUCGAGGACCCAAGGACCAAUUGUAGCUUUUAACCUACGGAACCAAUGCGGCGGCUGGGUUAGCAAUGCAGAGGUUGAAAAAGUUGCGGCGGUUAAGAGCUUCCAGCUUCGCACCGGCGGGCUUUGCAACCCAGGUGGUGUGGCAUCCUCCCUCGGGUUAGCGCCCUGGGAGAUGAGGGAGAACUUUUCGGCGGGUCAGCGAUGCGGGAACGACAACGAUAUCAUUCGGGCAAAGCCCACGGGCAUGAUCCGUGUCAGUCUCGGGGCUAUGAGCACAUUGCACGAUGUAACCUCAUUUGUGGAUUUCGUGCGCGAAUUCUUCGUGCAGGAAACCCCGCCUCUGAUGGCGCUACCAGUUACGUCUUCAUAUAUCGAGCCACCAACACCAUGUCGUCUGCACGUGGAGAGCUUGUCUAUCUAUCCUAUAAAGAGCUGUGCGGCGUACAGCGUGCCGCCCGGCAAAGCCUGGGAAGUGCGGCGGGAAGGACUUGCGUGGGACCGCGAAUGGUGUCUCGUUCAUCAGGGGACUGGAGCAGCAUUAAGCCAAAAGCGCUAUCCAAAGAUGACCCUCAUUCGUCCAAGCAUCGAUAUGGAAGAGGGGCUUCUACACGUACGUUUAGCAGGCUGUUUGCGAGACACGACUUUUGGGAACGAGAUCACCAUCCCCCUCUCAGCCGAUCCGAGAAUGUUUUCAAACGAAGCAAUCUACAAGGUCGCCAACGCCAAAGUUUGUGGAGACGCCAUAAGGGCGAAGACUUACAGGUCGAGUGAGAUAUCAUCCUUCUUCAGCCAGGCUCUCGGGGUGGCUUGUCAUCUCGCCCGCUUCCCAGCUGUCGGUAGCGGGAGUGGCUCGUUGGCUUCUUCGAGGCAUACGAAGCCUCAUCUGCAGAAGAGUUCGACGGGCAGCAUGCACAUUCCCGGCGCUUUCCCAGAUACGAAGCCGCUCAUACCGGGUACAACGGUUUCGAAACCGAUUCUUCUAUCAAAUGAGAGCCCGAUUCUUACUAUUUCGAGAUCAAGCCUCAACCGCAUCAACGAACUAAUCAAAGCUGAGGGCGGUAAGGCGGCGCAAGCAGAGGUGUUCAGAGCCAACAUCGUCGUUGCCGAGAACCCACGCUACCCGCCUGGGGCAGAGCAACCCUACGCGGAAGACGACUGGCGCUAUGUCCAGAUCGGCCAACAGUAUUUCGAAAUGCUGGGGCCGUGCCGCCGAUGCCAAAUGGUUUGCGUGGAUCAGCAUACUGCUGAGCGGAAUCAGGAACCGUUCGUCACGCUCUCCAAGACGAGGAGGUUUGACGGCCGAGUCUACUUCGGUGAGCACACAUGCCAUCUGCCCAUGGAUGACCCCGCAUCGCCGUUGGUGCAGAAUCCUACCAUCUCCGUAGGCGACUCCGUCCGCCCGUACCUUGACGACGGAGUGGACGAAGACCCAAUUCUGAGCGCUCUUGUCACUUGACAGAGCGUCUAUGCAUUCCUGUCUCAGGUGUUCAUCUCCGUUCACGAGCUUCUAAACAUAGCUGCUCUUCCUCUUUCGAGGGGCAUUGCAUGCUGUGCCCCAUUCUCACCUCGAGAAAUUCUCCGCGCGUGGGAUUCACAUCGCGUGCAGCACCUCGCAGCAAUUGGCCCCUCCAGGGCCACGGCACGACAGCUCUGACAGAGAAAGGCUACCCCAGAAACGGAGUUGACACAGUGCGACGCCUCAUAUGGCUGAAGCAUCGGGAACACGCACUGGACUUUGAACGGUCAGGUGGUAAGC